CUCAUCAGGGUUACAUAAUCAUAAAUUCCCGCCCAUUCUCGCUCUCGAAUCAGGGCCUCUUAUUUAUGACUGGUCUCGUUUAUCCGUCAUCAGGGAUGCACAGCGUGGCAAUCGCACUAGGCUCGAACCUUGGUGAUCGAUUCGCCAACAUCGAAGCCGCGUUGCGUUUGAUUGAGCAACCCGAUAAGCUGUUGACCAGCGUGGCUGCUAACGCCGUAUCGGUAGUGGACACGAGCUUUAUGUAUGAAACUGCGCCCAUGUAUGUUACAGACCAGCCAAGAUUUGCAAAUUGUGCGUGCUUAGUCGAGACGAACAUGGAGCCGUGGAUAUUAUUGAAAUUACUUAAAAGUAUUGAAUUGACAGUAGGAAGAGUGCCCUCUAUUCAAAAUGGACCUCGUGCGGUUGACUUGGAUAUAAUAUUAUACGACAACGAGAUCAUCGAUACUCGUGCUGAAGGCCAGAGAAACACCCUUGAUGGCCUGGCCGGUGAACUUGUCGUACCACAUCCUCGCAUGGCAGAACGAGAAUUCGUUUUACGUCCUCUAGUCGACAUGAUCCCAGAAGUGCUGCAUCCAGUUUAUAAGAAAUCGAUGCGCGCACUUCUAGGUGACGUUAUCAGGCAGUCGAACGUCGACUUUCCAAUGCUUAAAGUUACCCCUUUCGCCGAUUAUCCGAUCGCAGAAACAGGACAGCUCCCGGGCAUCCAUCAGGUACCCUCUAUGCGAAGGUACUGGACCACCCAUUGUUCAGACGACAUCCAGCGACCAACGAAAGUGAGGCUGAUGGCAACUUUGAAUGCGACUCCAGAUUCAUUCUCGGACGGUUCUGUUAAUAAUACAUUGUCAGCUGCUCUGACUUACUCUACGACAUCCGUACGAGCAGGUGCCGAUAUUAUCGAUAUAGGGGGUUAUUCAACUCGUCCGGGAGCAGCAUUUGUCUCACCUGAAGAGGAGUGUCAACGCGUAGUGCCUGUAAUUCAGGCCAUACGGUCACAUGAAGAUAAGGACGUCAAUACCGCUCUUAUCUCAAUCGAUACAUUCCGUUGGGAGGUUGCGGAAGCUGCCGUCAUGGCUGGCGCAAACUGCAUCAAUGAUGUGUAUUCUUUCACAGGUCCUGAGCACCCCAUUACGCAAAUCUCAGAGAAUCAUCUCUUGAAAAUGCGAGAGGUGGCACGAAAACUCGCUGUUCCUGUCAUCUUGAUGCAUUCACGCGGUGAUGCAGGCUCAAACAAAGACUACAGUCAGUACAAGGGCGGAGUUCUAGAAGGUGUUCGGGUUGAACUAGGAGAAAAAGUGGAGGCAAUUAUUAAAGGCAAAGGCGGAGUGCGGAGGUGGUUCGUUAUCGUCGACCCUGGUAUCGGUUUCAGCAAGACGGUUGAAGCAAACUGCGUACUGCUUCGUGAAGCUUCUUCUAUGACAGCGAAAAUUCCCUUGAAUCCACUGGCAGGAUUCCCACAACUCAUCGGAGCGUCUCGGAAGUCGUUUCUCGGCGCAAUUUUAGAACGCCCGGAUGCCGAUGGGACAUAUAAGGGGAGAAAAACACAGCCGAAAGAACGAGGGUGGGCAACGGCAGCGACCGUGGCUUGUGCUAUUCAACAGGGCGCAAGCGUUGUGAGAGUCCAUGAUGUACAAGAUAUGCGGGACGUCGUGGCUGUAGCUUCAGCUAUCUGGAGUUAACAUUUGAUUAUCACCUUACUACUUAUUAGAAUGCCCAGAUGCGGAUAGGACAUAGAAGGGGAGAAAAGCUCAGGUGAAAGAACGAGGUGGGCAACGGCAGCGACCGUUGCUUGUGCUAUUCAACAGGGCACAAGCGUUGCAAGGUCCAUAAUGUACAAGAUAUGUGAGACGUCGUGGUUGUGGCAGCUAUCUGGAGUUAUCCUUAGCAACUGACUACUUACCAAUUGCAAUGUACUACUUGCGGUAAAUUUGCCGCAUAAGAUCACAUCAGGAAAUUCUCACAUUCCUUAAUCUCCUUAAUCAGCUUAACCUACUUAUCUCAAAACUUGUUUGCUCUCUCUCACAUUAUUUACCUGGCAUAUUUCAUAUUUCUCUACUAGAUGUACCCGAGUGUUCGUGCUUUUUUACGGUCUCGCGUAUUGCUCUCGAUCCACAACACAAAAUAAAUAUC